AACUACAACUCUUUAAAUAGAAACACUGUGUUAUUGAGAGUGAAAUGACUAAAGAACAUGAAGAUACCAAUGGGAGAAAACUCUGCCAUGUUAUGUCUAAUAUCUCUUCUUUUUAUGUUAUUGGUUAGUCCCACAUUGGCCAUUAAAAAGUCAUAUGUGGUGUAUAUGGGUGCACAUUCACAUGGAAAAGAAGUUUCAUCAAUUGAUUAUGAUAGAGUAAGAGAUUCACAUCAUGAGUUUCUUGGAUCAUAUUUAGGAAGCACUGACAAAGCAAAGGAAGCAAUUUUCUAUUCUUAUACAAAACACAUCAAUGGCUUUUCUGCUAUGCUUGAGGAUGAAGAAGCAAUGGAAAUUUCAAAGCAUCCACAAGUAGUAUCAGUAUUUGAAAACAAGGGGAAAAAAUUACAUACAACAAGAUCAUGGAACUUUUUGAGGUUGGAGAUUGAUAAUGGAAUAAUACAUCCAAGUUCAUUAUGGAACAAAGCAAGAUUUGGAGAAGAUACAAUUAUUGGCAAUCUUGAUACUGGUGCCUGGCCUGAAUCAGAAAGCUUUAGUGAUGAAGGAUUUGGACCAAUUCCAUCAAAGUGGAGAGGAAUUUGCCAAAGUGAUUCUGAUCCCACCUUUCAUUGCAAUAGGAAGCUAAUUGGGGCAAGGUAUUUCAACAAAGGGUAUGCUACUCUAGCGGGACCUCUAAAUUCAACCUUCAAUACACCGCGAGACACUGAUGGCCAUGGUUCCCACACGCUGUCCACAGCCGGUGGGAACUUUGUUGAGGGAGCAAGUGUUUUCGGGUAUGGAAACGGGACAGCAAAGGGUGGAUCACCAAAAGCAAGAGUAGCAGCUUAUAGAGUUUGCUGGCCUCCAAUUUCGGGCAAUGAGUGCUUUGAUGCAGAUAUCUUGGCUGCAUUUGAUAAGGCAAUUCAUGAUGGCGUGGACGUGCUUUCUGUAUCACUUGGAGGAGGUGCCGGAGCUUAUGUCAAUGAUAGUGUGGCCAUCGGUUCAUUUCAUGCUGUUAAAAAUGGCAUUCUUGUUGUCACAUCUGCUGGUAACUCUGGUCCUGAUGCUGGUACAGUAUCAAAUGUUGCACCUUGGCUUAUCACUGUUGGGGCAAGCACCAUGGAUCGCCAGUUUCCUAGCUAUGUAAUACUUGGAAACAAGAAGCGUUACAAGGGAGAAAGCUUAUCAGUUGAAGCACUGCCCAAAGGCAAGUCCUUCCCAAUCAUUAAUGCUGCUUCAGCAAAAGCUCCUCAUGCUAGAACUGAAGACGCCCAACUAUGCAAAGCUGGUGCAUUGGACCCUAAGAAGGUAAAGGGAACUAUUUUAGUUUGCCUAAGAGGAGAUAAUGCAAGGGUUGACAAGGGCCAGCAAGCUGCUCUGGCAGGUGCAGUUGGAAUGGUUCUAGCCAACGAUUAUGCAUCUGGCAACGAAAUCAUUGCUGAUCCUCACGUCUUACCAGCUACGCAUAUUAGUUACGCUGAUGGCCUUGCUGUCUUCGCUUAUGUUAAUGCAACAAGUAGAGAACCUACGGCUUCCAUUACACAUCCAACAACUCAAUUGGGUACAAAGCCAGCUCCGGUCAUGGCAGCCUUUUCAUCGAUAGGGCCUAACACAGUUACACCAGAGAUUCUCAAGCCUGAUAUCACUGCUCCAGGAGUGAGUGUAAUCGCUGCCUAUACUGGCGGUCAAGGUCCUACAGGUCAAGAUUUUGAUAAACGUAGAGUCAAAUAUAACUCGGUUUCAGGCACUUCUAUGUCAUGUCCUCAUGUGUCUGGUAUUGUUGGUCUUCUGAAAACUCUCCACCCUACUUGGAGUCCUUCAGCUAUCAAGUCUGCCAUCAUGACAACUGCAAGAACGCGAGAUAAUGUUGUGGAGCCAAUGUUGAAUGCUAAUCACAUCAAGGCAGGUCCAUUCGCUUAUGGAUCAGGGCAUGUAAGGCCAAACCGCGCAAUGGACCCUGGCUUGGUCUACGACUUGACAAUCGAUGAUUAUUUGAGCUUUUUAUGUGGACAAGGCUACAAUGAAACUCAAAUCAAGACAUUUACACAAGGCCCUUUCAAAUGCCCCAAGCCGGUUAAUUUCAUCAACAUGAAUUUACCAUCAAUCACAGUGCCUAGUCUCAACGGGUCUGUUACUGUCACUAGAACGUUGAAGAAUGUUGGAUCUCCAGCUACAUAUAAAGCGCGUAUUCGCAGCCCCAUUGGAAUUUCUGCUGUAGUUGAGCCAAAUAGUCUGGAAUUCAAGGAUGUUGGUGAGGAGAAAUCAUUCAAGAUUACAUUUAAGGUUGAAGAAUCCAAAGCACCAAAAGAUUAUGUUUUUGGAAAUUUAAUUUGGUCUGAUAGAAAGCACUAUGUUAGAAGUCCAAUUAUAGUAAAAUGUACCUAGGUUGUUUUAUUAGAUUGUUUGAAGUAGUGAUUUCUAAGUUGAUCCACUGAUAUAAUUUCUCUGUUCUACAAAAAAGAAAGAAACAAGAAAGUGUAGUUCUUAGUAUUUCUUAAUGAAAAUCUUUUAGUUAUACUUUAA